GAGAGAGCUGGGAAUGCUUGUGGUGCCUUACCGGAUGAACAGAACCCACUGGACUCCUGCGCAGGAGGCCAUCCUGCAACAGGUCCAAAUUGCAGUAGCAGGAUUCCUUCGGGAUGUAUAGCUAGCAAGCCACGUGGCAUGGAAGCCACUGAUACAAGAAGUGCAAGAUUCCAAGAAUCAGAUGUUGGCUCAAAGCAGCAGGAUUGUCCAUUGACACAACAGGGCAUGCUGUCAACUACCUGUGAUAAAAUCAUCAACCAGAUUCCAUCGACAAUUAAGAAUGAAGGUUCUUGUGUUAAACCAGGACAGCAGCACCAUGAUAGGAGCAAGACAGGUGUCUCAAGUGUUUAUUCGGGAGUUCUUUCGAGGCGAGAUGGUCGUGAAAUGAGCUCCCUGGAGAGAAGAUAUUUUUAUGGUUCAGAGGAUUGUUCCGAUGAUCAGGAGAUGAUAGGUAGUUUAAAUGCAAGCCGACAUAAACUUGAUGUAAACUCAAGUAAUCUAGGGUAUGAAAUGGUGCCAGCUAGUCAAAGAGUGAGAUUAGGUAGUAAAACUGCUGAAAGUGGGACCAUGAUUCAUGAAUCAGGGGUUGCUAUUCGCUGUCAGGAAGACCUGCCACUGCAAGGAAACAAGGAGACUGAUGCCUUUGAAGGAACAUCUGCAGGAGCAUCAAUCGAUGAAGAAGCGCAAGUUGUCCAGGAGCAGGAGGGAAAGAUUGAUGACAAACCCUCGCAAUGCAAGAUAUGCCAUAAAUUUUUCUUACAUGUCAAAGUCCACAUGAGGGUCCAUACUUCCGACCGUCCAUUCAAAUGCAGUUUCUGCGACAAGGGCUUCAUCGAAAAGCGCCACCUGGACAAUCACAUGCGCAGCCACACGGGUGAGAAGCCGUUCAAAUGCCCCGUCUGCGCAAAAGCGUUCAGCCGCGAGACGCACCUCACCUAUCAUCUGCGGACCCAUACUGGGAUCAAGCCAUUUUCCUGCGAGACUUGCGGAAGGAGCUUCGGCCGUAAAGGCGACCUGACAGUUCACAUGCGGAUCCAUACAGGUGAACGCCCUUUCCCUUGCAAGCUGUGCAAUAAGACCUUCGGGACACAGAGCAACCUCACCCUUCACAUGCGCAGCCACACAGGGGAGCGACCUUAUGAGUGCACCGCUUGCCCCAAGACCUUCAAAUCCAAAAGCGAUCUCAUCAAGCACGUCCGCGUGCAUACAGGGGAGAAACCAUUCAAAUGCAAGGUGUGUGACAGGUAUUUCCGCGCGACCUCUGACCUCAAGCGGCAUAUGCGUGGCCACACCAACGAGAAACCAUACAAAUGUGACGUGUGUCUUAAGGAAUUCAGCUCGGAUUGCUAUCUCCCUAAACAUGCCUGUACCGGUGCUCCAAAGAUUAAGAAUGUCACUACUGAUCAAACUGAACCAAAAAGUUGAACAUUCAGUAUUAACUUUGCUUUAUCUACAAAUAGAUUCUCAUAUUUCGUGUAUCAUCAUGUAGUCUUCACCAGGCGAGUGCUUCAUAAAGCUGUUAAAAAAUUUUGAUUGACCUUAUGCAUGACUCGUGACCCUUAUCCCCUAUGUAGCUGACUUAGUCUUCUAAAGAAGAUGUUCUAGGUGUGCUAGAAGUCAUGCCUGAAAUUGUGUGUAACCUUAUUCAACUGCUUUAUGAAACCCACUAAUUCAUUCAUCUAAUCUGGUUCAAGAUUAUGCAGAUUACACAAAACUUGAUGAUGCUUCGGAGAAUUAAUUUGUAAAAUUAAAUGCACUGGUCAUUGCGUGCACUCAGUUAUAUGAAUCAGCUCUGUAAUAUCCAUUGAAUUGUAUAACUGGACUUGGAUAUCAACAGAUAGUGAUAUCCGGCUAAGUGGAUGGUGGAUAAAUUGGGCAAUGCUUUACUUUGAAUUUGCAUUAAACAAAGUACAUGUAGCAGAUGGGCUUAUAUGACCUUGUAUUCAUAGCAAAUGGAUUUAGUGGAGUAGUUAGUGACCAAAUGAUUAUGGACAGCACAUGGUAAUGAUUCUGAAAGCACCAACUGACUAAGCCCAAAGCUGAGAUGAAAACGAAAGGUUCAAAUUGUAAAACUGGACAGAAACAUAGGUGGACAUUAUUCAAUGUGAUAUUACUGAAUGUAAGCUUCAGUCUAUUCUAUAUUUUGUUGAACUAUGUGCUGAUUUUUGUAUGAGGAAAUUAUUUUUAUUGAUAUCUUGCCCUGAAAGUCAUUUAUCUGUAAUUUACAGUGCAAUAUAUUGACUAUUAUUUACUUGUUAUCUGUAUGGUACAUGUAUGCCAAGUUGCCAGAAGUCUUGUUUUCAAAAUAAUUCAGGAUUCAAAACUUUAAAAAUAUUGAGAAUUAUGGUGUGUUGCAAGAAACUUUGACAAUCAAUUACAAAUCAAGCAACCAAUAACUACUGUUGAUAAAUCACGUCCCGAGUAGCAUUUCCUUCAAUGUAAACUGGAUUCCAAAGGAAACUUAUCAAACUUUACACGUGCACUACACAAAUUCCAAUCAGUCAAAAUGAACAAAAUAUUGACACAGGCUAGCAUCAAUAAUCUUUAUUAAGCACAUGUCAUUAAUUAAAAGAUUGAUUUAAUCUAAAAAGAGGCUGUAGUCCCUGAAAUCAAUUGGUUCCGGAAUCCAAAGUCACAAAAUAGCAAAAUAAGAAAAAACAAUGAGAUGUGAUGAGGAGGUCUCCCCC